UCUCUCUUCUGAUCACCGCAGCCCGAACCUUCCCGGGCUCUUCUCUCGGGGCUGCCCAUCCCUCUGCUGCCCGUGAGGACGCGCUCCCAGCGUUGGGCGAAGCAAAGAAGAAAAACUUGUCGGAGGGGUUUCUCCAGACUCCACUAACACCCCCACUCCCGCGAACCCCAACCACCCACCGGGACCAGUCCUAAGUCUGGGAAAGUUCCUCUGGUGCUCGGCGCCCUCUUGGAUCUGCAUGGCACCGGAGCUGGCUGUGGAAUUAAAUCUGUUUUGAACCCAGUGGAGCGCGUCGCGGGCGCUCGGAAGUCACCGUCCGCGAGAGCCGGGGUGGCGCUGCUUGCGAGGACCUGGGAGUUUGGCGGCUCGGGCUGAAGUGACCUUUCCUUCCUGCACCUUGUCGACUGAGGGCUGCGAGGGUGCCAAGUUGUGAGGAGUCCCCGAAGUCCUCCUUUGCUCGUUGCUGUUCUCUGCUUCUGGCAGUGAAAACCUAUCGAAACUGACCGAGGCCUCGGGGUCCCUCCCGAGACCCACCCUCACAGCUCCGCGCCUCUUGCUAUUCCCACGGAGAACCCCGGUGCCCUCGCUGGGCGGGGGAGGGAGGUCGAGGCAGAGGCAUGGCAAGGUUCUCGAGGGCCGACCUGGCCACAACAGGAGUUAUGUUACUUUGUUACUUUUUAAUCGAUCGAUUCCAGUUCGCCGAAGGGGAGCCUGGACACCAAAUCACUGGUUGGAAGUAUGAUGUUUCAAAGACAUUUCUUCCCAGAGGAGAAGAUGUGGUGGAUGUGGACUCACAAGCAUACAGCCACAGGUGGAAAAGAAAUUUGGACCCUUUUAAGGCAGUAGACACAAACAGAGCCAGCAUGGGCCAAGACUCACCAGAGUCCAGAGGUUUCACCGACCUGCUACUGGAUGAUGGUCAGGACAACACCACCCAGAUCGAGGAGGACACAGAUCACAAUUACUACAUAUCUCGGAUAUAUGGCCCAAUGGAUUCUGCCAGCCGAGAUCUUUGGGUGAACAUCGACCAAAUGGAGAAAGACAAAGUGAAGAUUCAUGGGAUACUGUCCAACACUCAUCGGCAAGCAGCUAGAGUGAAUCUGUCCUUCGAUUUUCCAUUUUAUGGUCAUUUUCUACGUGAAAUCACUGUGGCUACUGGUGGUUUCAUAUACACUGGAGAAGUUGUGCAUCGAAUGCUAACAGCCACACAGUAUAUAGCACCUUUAAUGGCAAAUUUUGAUCCCAGUGUAUCCAGAAAUUCAACUGUCAGAUACUUUGAUAAUGGCACAGCACUUGUUGUCCAGUGGGACCAUGUGCACCUGCAGGAUAAUUAUAACCUGGGAAGCUUCACAUUCCAGGCAACACUCCUCAUGGAUGGACGGAUCAUCUUUGGAUACAAAGAAAUACCUGUCUUGGUCACACAGAUAAGUUCCACCAACCAUCCAGUGAAAGUCGGGCUGUCUGAUGCAUUUGUCGUUGUCCACAGGAUCCAACAAAUUCCCAAUGUUCGAAGAAGAACAAUUUAUGAAUAUCACCGAGUAGAACUACAAAUGUCAAAAAUUACCAACAUUUCAGCUGUGGAGAUGACCCCACUCCCCACAUGUCUCCAGUUCAAUACUUGUGGUCCUUGUGUAUCCUCUCAGAUUGGCUUCAACUGCAGUUGGUGUAGUAAACUUCAAAGAUGCUCCAGUGGAUUCGAUCGCCACCGGCAGGACUGGGUGGAUAGUGGAUGUCCAGAAGAAGUACAGUCAAAAGAGAAGAUGUGUGAGGGCACAGAGCCACUGGAGACUUCUCAAACCACCACGACCUCACACACAACUACCAUGCAAUUCAGGGUCCUGACCACCACCAGGAGAGCCAUGACGUCACAGCUGCCCACCAGCCUGCCCACGGAAGAUGACACAAAGAUAGCACUGCAUCUCAAAGACAAUGGAGCCUCCACAGAUGACAGUGCAGCUGAGAAGAAAGGAGGAACCCUCCAUGCUGGUCUCAUCGUUGGAAUCCUCAUCCUGGUCCUCAUUAUAGCAGCGGCCAUCCUGGUGACAGUUUAUAUGUAUCAUCACCCAACGUCAGCAGCCAGCAUCUUCUUCAUUGAGAGACGCCCAAGCAGAUGGCCAGCAAUGAAGUUUAGAAGAGGAUCAGGACAUCCUGCCUAUGCAGAAGUUGAACCAGUUGGAGAGAAAGAAGGUUUCAUUGUAUCAGAGCAAUGCUAAAAUUUUAGGACAGAGCAGCACCAGUACUGGCUUACAGGUGUUAAGACUAAACUUUGCUUAUACCUUUAAAACAAACAGACACAAACCCACAGCCACACAUGAAGAAGCAAGCCCUAAACUUCUGUAGCCAGAAGGGAGACAAGAUUUCUGGAUGAGCCCAGCCCAGGAACAUUGAAAAGAAAACUCAGAUUUGUACAAGACAUCAUGUACACCAAAUACAAAAUUCCCUAAUGGAAUGACAUCCAUGGUUCACAAGGAACAUCUCCUGUGGACUUGCCAGAAGUGUGACAAGAUGACAAUGUUUUUAGUUUAGGUGCAGGGUUGCAAAGGGAUCAAAGAAAAUAUAAUGAUAAUAAAUAAAGCUUUAGUUUACAAGGGA